AUGUCACCUCGACGCAGGAGCAUUGAUUCGUCCGAAUCGUCCAGCUCCGAUUCCGAAUCAUCACAGAGGGACAAACGGAAAGGAGCGACGCAAAACGGCGCCCAUCCUUCCGCUCAGAGUCAUCAACCUUAUCAUCAACAGCACUCGCCCACCAUGUCUGCCCCACCAUUCCCUCUCCCAGAGAAAUUUGAGCAUAAUUCACGGGCGCUGCCGCCCCACGGACCGCCUCCCGCCUAUGCAGCCCAACAGCCACCACCAUCAGGGAUCCGCAUUCCUCUGGACACUGCAUCCUCUUUCUUGCCCUCUCAUGAUCAAUUGGGCCCCCCAGUAAGCCACGACGCCGACGGUGUCUCCCCGGUCUUCCUAGGCUCCGCCAUCAUGAGCAACUCAGUCCAUCCAUGCAAAGUAGGCCCUCAUCUCUCCCCUGCUGCGCAUGUGCCGUACGGGGGUGGGGAACACCUCCAUCAUGGUCGAUACGAUCUGCUGCCCUUUGUACCGCAACAGAUGGAGUGGGUACAUACUUCUCAUGGCAGGAUCCCUGCCGGAAGGAGACCGAUCGAAGGUGGCUACGAGGAACAUGGGGGUAAGCUGUAUCAUGCCCUGGGGACGGUGGCAGGCUUGAAGGUUCCAGGAAAGACGGGAGAGCAUUUGGACGGUGCCAAUCUUUCUUUCGGAGGCAAGGAGCAUGUUGUACAUGACAAUUAUGAGAUCCUUUGCUGGAGGUAA